AUGACCGACAACAACAAGCCGGAGAACACGCGGGGUUCCCGCACAUCUGACACCCGCUCGGAUGACGCCACAGCCACGGCCGAAUCUCAACAACCCUCACUUACAAACCGAGUCCACCGCUCCGCAGCCGGACUUGCACGCGCGCUCGCCUCCAGCACUUCAAAUGCCGCGCAGACACUAGCAUCCGCGACUGAGGGUAAGACGGCCGGACCGUCCGCAGGAGCAGGAGCAGGAGCAGGACACCUAUCCAGCGGAUCCGUAGCUCCUCGAGGCGCGGGUUCCGCAUCCUCGAGAUCAGGACCAAGCGAAACAUUCCGCGAGGCGCCAGCUACAACAGUACAGGGCGGGUUCACGAUACCAGCGCUUAGCGAGGAGGAGUUCCAGCAAGGGUAUACACUCGAUCCGCAGCAUGCGACAGCGAAUACCCACACGGAUACAUCCACACUCGAACCGGCACCGAAUGCACGAACAAAUCACGACCUAGACCUCCAAACCGAAACAGGCCCCUGGAAAGGCAAACAACGUGCCCAUGACCCCAUCCAACGCGAGUACAGCACCGCCUGGGAACGCGCACAAUCCCACUCCCAAUCCCAACCCAGCCAAGCAACAUACGAACCAAACGCAAACGACGGCGCAGAGGUGGUAACACUCCUCUCGGAUGCGACCUUCGAUCCAAACCUCGACCCUAAUAAUGCAGACUUCGACCUUGAUGUAUCGCCUGAACCAGAGCCUCUAAGCGCGGAGGAGAUUAAGGCGUUGGAGUCGUUUCGGAAGAGCCUUGGUUCCGAGGGACAGACACAGAUUGGAUCCGAGGGACAGGGACAGGGACGUGGGUUGUCGGGGAUGAGUCUCGUUCCGGAUAUCGAUACAUUCCUAGCGCAGGAUACAUCGUCGGAUGUAGGGGCGUUGCGGGAUAGUGUAUUGGAACACCUCCCUGGGGCGAGUGAUUGGGUGGGUGUGCAGGAUAGGUAUCAUGAUGAGGUGUGGGGGUAUUUACGGCCUGCGUUGGAGGCUGCGAAGGCGGAGAUGGAGGAGGGUGGUGGAGGAGAGGGACAGGGACACGAGGAAGGGCCUGCUGUUAGGAGGUUGAGGAUGAUUUUGGAGCAUAUGCGUUGA